CUAAAAUGAAAAUAGUAGAAAAAUUUAAAGGCUCCACUAAUAAAGAUAAAGCAAAGCAUCAUCAUUCAUCAGCAACAAGCAGCUUUAUUCCUCUAUUAAAAACGAAUCUCAUUCUCCACUUUCUCCUCCCCUUCUCUCUCUCUCUCUCUCUCUCACACACACACACAAACGCACAUACUUGAGCAAAGUCAUCACAAUGAGCUUCUUCAUCGAAGAUUCUGGUCUCAUAGUCACUCAGCUUCUCUACAAAAUGGCUGUUCUCAUCACCGUCUUGAGAUGGAUCCUCGCUUGGAUCUUACGCUACCGAUCCAGAUCCAGAUCCACCUCUUCUUCCACUUCCGCCUGUCCUUCGAUUUCCUCACAGGCGAUCAAAGAAAGCCUCUCCGUGACGACGUUCCGUGACGCAGCUGAGAGAUCUCCGGCGAUGAUCAACGACACCUGCGCUGUGUGUCUCGGAGAUCUGGAAGAUGGAGAUGAGGUUAGAGAACUCAGGAACUGUAGCCAUAUGUUUCACCGUGAGUGUAUUGACCGGUGGUUGGAUUAUGAAUGUUGCGGUGGUGAUGAGAAUAACGAAGGUGAGGAGGAUAAUCACCGUACGUGUCCUCUUUGUAGAACUCCGCUACUUGCUGCUAAUACGACGUCGUGUGGUGAUUGGCCGACGAAGAACGAACCUAGCUGGGCCGUUGAACGGCUUCUCUACCUCUUCGGAGAUGAUCUUCACGUCUGAUUUCAUUUUUUUUUGUCUUUUCCGAUUUUUAUUUGAUUUUUUAUUUAGUGGGAUCGAUUUUGAUCAAUUAGAAAUUUAAGUAGUGAGAGUGGUUAAUUUUUGUAAAUUGGGGGAUUUAAUGUGUUAGAUUAGGAAAUAUAAUAAUAAUAUCAUCGAUUAAUUUCAAACCAUCAGAUUUCUGGUCGAUCGUCAGCAAAUGUUACAUUCACAUACCUAUGGGGGGUAAUCAAUCUUUCUAAUACGAAUCUCUAAUCAAAUUUGCAUUGAUAAAACCUUUCUAUUUUUAACAAAGUCACUAUUUUUAACCAUCUUAACUAGAUUUGUGGGAUUGUAACAAAGUGAGAAUAAUACAUACCAAACUCCUUAAUUUCCCAAAUACAAAUGUUUUCUGGUUGGUGGUGAAGUGUUGAUACUUUGAUCAACCAUACCAUCUUAAAGUUGUAAAAUCCAGCCGACACCACUAGGUUCAUUCUCAGUUUCUCAUGAGCCUUAUCAUGAACCAUCAACCUACUACUACAAGUGAAAGUAUGAUGGUUAGGUUAAUUCUCAGUUUCUCACCCUCUUCCGGCCGCAUGUCUACCUCGAACCAAGCCUCACUCUCCUUGGACGCAAUUUUAGCAAUAUACACAACAAAGAUUUCUUAGUGUUUAGUCUACUCAAAUCCUUGCCACUAAUUUAGUCUACUCAUAUUAAAGGUUUAGUCUUUUGUGAGUGACAUCCUUGUU